AUGUCUUGGCUUAACGAACCACACCUCCAACGGGGUAUCAUAUGCGAUUAUAUUACCGAUUCUCCCGAAGAUUAUGAGACCGAACGGCUCGCUGAGCCAUUUGGUUCUCCGUACGAUUCUACAGUACCUCGUGCUACCGGCCGAGUACCAGCCACCGAUGAUGAUGUCAUUUACGCGCCAAAGGCUAAUCCAGUUCAACGACCAAAUUCUGGUACGGCCGCACCCGGUCCGAACGCGCAAGAAUACCAUCAAGGCUACCUCGCCCAGCAAUUUACUCCCCACUGUCCGGCCGUUGCGCAAGUUGGUUUGAUAGGGGCUCCAUCCAGCAGUCUCGGUGCUCGAUCCGCAUAUAACCAGCCUUCUAUCGAGGAACCGCCGACGCAUUCACUGCGCUUGCCGGAACGUUCAACCCUGGAUGUCUCGAAUCCAGCAUGUGACCAUCCCCAGCCAUCUGGUCCCAGUCCGAAUUUGCAUGUUCCGCGUGUGCCAACGGUCGAGGAGCUCUUGGAAGGAGUGCACGUACCUACUUGGGAACAGCUCGACGAUGCUUCCCGACAGAUCAAGGAACUGUAUGCGCUAAGGGCGCUCCUCGACCCACAAGGUCACCAGCGCCGAACACAUGUUAUGGUCCUGCCGAAUAUUCCUAGCGAGGACCAUCGCAUCUGGGGUGGACCGGUUCCGCUCGUCUCGGGAAAUUCUACAGUUGAAGAUGCCAUGAACGGUUGGGAUUCCCUUGGCGAUUUGAAUCAGGAUCGUCACUCGGUCCAUUCUUACGAAAGCCGAUCUCCCGGAGCAUCUAGGGCUUGCUCCCUCUAUACCACUGAGCACGGGUGCUGGACACCAACAAGUGUGCUGGACGAACUUGCCAUUGAACUGGAUUUCGGCGACAGCGACCAGGAUCCCGAAUAUGCAAACGGGCCUGAAGACGAAGAUGUUCAGCAUCAACCAAGCUUGGGUGAAGUACCACUUGAAGAGCUUAUAAACGCCUGGGACCGGGUAGACAGCAUAAUGAUCGAACUACGAGUCCGUUCUAGUGUAUUUGUAUUCCCGGACGAGCUCGAUUUUAUCCCUCCCUACGGUUCAGACGACGGGCCGCUGUUGGACCGACGAUCGUUUAGAAACGUAUGGUUUGUUAGGCACUGGGAGUUCUUGUACCGCUUGCUCAAUGAGCUGAUGGACAUCGAGUCUAUGUCGGAUAGGAUGACGGCUGCGAUUCGGCGAGCGAAAGUAGAGGUGAAUUGUGAGCUAGACCGAGUGGAGGAAUUCGCUACGAAACUUUGGGAGCAGGAAUGUCAGAAGAUCGAGGAAAUGAGGCUUUGGCAAGAUGCUUUUUCGAGCGAGUACAGCAGUGACGAACUCUACUGGACAUCAUUCCCUGCGCCAGCUCCAAGCCCUGACCAACUCAACCGUCCUGAGCAGCCAGCUCCAACCCUAAGAACCAAGUCGCGAGCUGCUGGACCUACCCCUGUUUCUCCCGAAGAAAAUCACCUAUAUUAUUAUUUUUGUAUCGAUGAUCGCCUGCUCUAUCUCUCUUUCUUUGAAGACUGGGGUCCUCUCAACCUGGCACAGGUUUAUCGCGCCUGUAUCCUCAUCCACGAAUUGCUCCAGGAUGCCAAUUUAAAGCGGCAUCGCAUUGUAUUGUAUUCGUCCAGUGACCCACGUCGCCGGGCCAAUUCCGCUCUUCUCAUGGCACUUUACUGCAUGAUUGUUCAGCGAAGAACACCAUGGGAGGUAUUCUACCCCAUUGCCGAAGUCGAGUUCAUGCCUUUCCGAGACGCUGGCCGCGGCCGCUCCGACUUCCAUCUUGGGAUACAGGAUUGUCUUUGGGGCGUAUGGAAGGCUCAGCACAACCAUCUCCUUGACAUGAACGAAUUUUCUGUGGACGAGUACGAGUAUUACGAAAAGGUUGACAACGGCGACUGGAAUUGGAUUACCCCAGGUUUCAUCGCGUUCGCCAGUCCAGUUGAUUCCGUCUGGAUUAGGCAGCAAAAAGAGGGAAAGACCAAAGGCGGAGCUUCGGCCUUGCAGCGCAAACUUCCAACCCCGUUCAUGAAUGUCUUGGAAUACUUUUCCGAACGCAACGUAAAACUGGUUGUCAGGUUGAAUAAUGAACUUUACGACAAGGCCGUCUUUGAGGAACGCGGUAUUGAGCAUUUGGACCUCUACUUUGAUGAUGGCACGAACCCAGCGGAUGAUAUAACGCGAACUUUCAUAGCUAAAUCAGAUGCUAUCAUAGAAGCGGGCGGUGCUAUUGCCGUACACUGCAAAGCAGGUCUUGGUCGAACGGGCACAUUGAUAGGCGCAUACCUGAUAUACAAGUAUGGUUUUACUGCCAGCGAGGCUAUUGGCUUUAUGCGUAUUGUUCGUCCCGGGAGUGUAGUCGGGCCUCAGCAGCAAUUUAUGUACAUGAAGCAGCUUGAAUGGGCGAAAUGGGCGGCUAUCGAUGAAAUGCGUCGAGCAGAAGCACAGCGUACAGACGUCCUUACGCCUCGCACCCCACCAGAAGAGAUCCAGCCAAUGACUACAGGCUCCACCAAUGGUACCUCUGCCUCGCCCGUUCGUUCUGGACAAAGCAUCGCCCCGUCUUCACCACGUGCAGCCACACCCCCUGGCCUCAUGUCUUCUCCAGUUAUUAAUGGCAGCGCGGUGCCCGUCACACCCCACAAGGCUCGUCCGACCACACCUAUCAAAACGGACGCGCCGGUUCUACAACCACGGAAGACUCCUGCGGCAAAGCGCGCAGCCGAUGGAGACGAGGAAGUCGAGGACGAAGGUGACCAAUUGGGUGUUCUGGGCGUUGGAUUUAGGCGGGUUAGUGGGAAGCGCGAAGCCGGUGGAGAUGCUGCCAGUGCCUCACGAUCAGAAGGAGGCUCGCGUGCGAAGCGUGACGGUGGCGUAGGGAGCAGCAAGUCCGACUCAGGGGGAACUCGUGUGCCCGCUGGUGCCAUGUCAGUAGAUCGCGGCAAAUCAGCCGGUGUGGGUAUUAGUCGUGCGACUCGAAGCUCUACGCGUAUGGUAGCCAAGCGGGCAGCAGAGAUUGAGGCAUCGAUAGCUUCUGCAACCACUCCUCCGCCCGCGCCCAAGCCGCGAUUAAUAUCACAUGCGACCACAGCCAACGGAAAGCCCGAUGGGACCAGUCGGGUUGCUCAAGCUACUACAGCAUUGAGGAAUGCGGCUGCGCGCGGUCACGGGGCAUCUAGUUCCGUAUCUAGCGUACCCGGUAACACAAGACGUCCAGCAGCACCUCCCGGAUCACCACAGCUGCCCAAGUACAACACACGCUCAAAGCUCCCGCUUCCAAACGCUGGCCCGCUUGGUCCUGCGGGUAAUGCUGGGCUUAAAGUGCCCCAAAAGCGUGCGUAUGUAUUGACUCCACCGCCUCCCCUGCCAGUACCCGAGAAGGGCAAGAAGCCAGAAGAGGAUAAAGAGAAGGAGGACGAAGACCCAGAAUGGACGCAUGGAGAAGGAGCGAAUGCUGUGGUGGUGCCGGGAUCGAAACUUGAGCGCCCGAACUUGCGAAGUGUACGGAGACGAAGGAGUAGCUUUAGCGCAGCGGACAUCGUCACUUGA